AUGGAAAUUAGCUGUUGCCUCUGUCUCGAAGGCACUCGAAUUAUCAUUGAUGACGACUUUAGUGGGGAGGAUGAGGGUGGAUCUUACAAAUGCUGCCAAGGUGACGUGCAUAUCAAGAGAGCCUGCUUUUACGUGGCCAUCUCAGCACUAAUUGUAUGUGCAUUCUCAUCAGGUUGUAUGCUUUUCGGAGUUUACACAGUCAAUCUAUGGUUCGAUAUUUUCCUCAUUGUUCUGAAUACGGUUGUGGCAAUUAUCAUGAUGAUCGGUUUAUAUUAUGAUAAAGCCGUGCUGUUACUUCCAUUUAUAGUAUCUGAAAUUAUGCAAUGCGCUGUAUUUUUCUUUCUAGCCAACUACGUUUUAUAUUACACAAUUACGAUAAAACGACAACGAUUUUAUCAAAAAUUUGACCAAAUGCUGAUGGUUGUAUCAAUAUAUCUUGGUAUCAUAAUUUGCAUCGGUGCAAUUUGGGCGGCCACAAAAUGCUAUCAUUAUUUGCGGCAGAAAGCGCAAGGCAUUUACGUCGACACCGGGCAAAGGUGUAUGUGGGAGUAA